UGCCAGUCUUGACUCUUGUAUUCUCAAUAAUGGCUGAUACAAUUAUGAAAUUCGGUGUGGAGCCAUGGAAUUUUGCCGAGCUUGUCGAAGCCUUCAAACAGGCUCCACUCUAUCACUUGGCUUUUGAGGCGAUUCUUGUUGUCUUUAUCAUUCGUCUGAUCUUCUCAAAGAGCUACUCAAUUGAAUCAACUGUCAAACUAACAGAAGCAGAAAAAGAACAGCUUAUCCAGGAGUGGGAGCCCGAACCCUUGGUCCCACCUGUAGACAAAAACCAUCCAGCCCUUCACUAUAAAGUAAUUACUAAACAAGGCAACAACAAGCUUGUUGUGGAUGGCAAGGAAGGCAUUAAUGUUGGGACUUUCAACUUCUUAGGAAUGCUUGGAAGAAAAGAAACAGAGGAUGCAGCAAUAGAGACAAUGAGAAAGUAUGGAGUGGGUACUUGCGGGCCUAGAGGCUUUUUCGGGACCAUGGAUGUACAUCUAAACUUUGAGGAGAAGAUGGCUCAACACAUGGGUGUGGAGGAAGCCAUCUUGUAUUCCUAUGGAUUCUCAACGAUUGCCAGUGCUAUCCCAGCCUACGCCAAGAAGGGUGAUCUGGUCUUCUGUGAUGAAGGGGUUUGCUUUGCCAUUCAGAUGGGUCUGUUAGCCUCUCGAAGCAAGCUCAAAUUCUUCAAGCAUAACGACAUGGAAGACCUAGAGAGACUCUUGAAAGAGCAAGCUGUAGAAGAUAAAAAGAAUCCUAAGAAGGCCAAAGUGAUGAGGAAAUUCAUUAUAGUAGAAGGACUAUACGUGAAUCAUGGGACCAUUGUCGAUGUGGAGAAAUUGAUUGAAUUGAAGUACAAGUACAAGGUGCGUAUCUUCAUGGAUGAAUCCAUGUCAUUCUUCGUGCUUGGAAAGACGGGGAGGGGUGUCACGGAGCAUGCUGGUGUUGAUAUAACUGACAUUGAUCUUAUAUCUGUUUCAAUGGAAGCAGCUUUAGGCACCAUGGGAGGAUUCUGCCUUGGUACUAGAUACGUAGUAGAUCAUCAACGUCUGUCCGGUCUUGGAUACUGUUUUUCAGCCUCCCUUCCUCCCAUGCUUGCCACAGCAGCCAGCACGGCAGUAGAUAUCACACAGAAAGAAACGGAUAUAUUCAACAAGCUUAGAGCAAACAGCGAAUUUGUUCAUGUACAACUUUCAGGAAUGCCUGGCUAUCGGUUGGAUGGUGACUCCAUCUCACCUAUCAAACAUCUGAGGUUGGAAGAGACCAGUGGAAAUUGGCAGAAAGAUCAAGCUUUCCUAGAAAAGAUUGUAGUCAAGGCACUAGAUGAAGGUGUGGUUCUUACUGUGGCAAGAUAUCUAGAGGAAGAAGAAGCUUUCUUACCACCACCGAGUAUACGUCUUGCGGUCAAUGUGACGCUGACUGAUGACCAGCUAACCAAGAUUACAUCGGUCAUCAGACUCUUGGCGGCGGCUGCUCUAAGAGAGAAAUCAGGGGAGGAAUAGAUACGAUUGAAAGAAAUAGAGAAUUGGAAAGAGAGCAAGAGAUAGGAAGAUUGGUUCAUAGAGAUAGAGAAGUAGACUGAUAGAUGGAGAGAGUUAGCGAGUGAGGGAGGUAGAAAAAUUUGGGAGAGAGGGAGAGAUAGGGAAAGAGAGAGAGAGGAAGGGAAAACGGAGUAUGCAGAGGUAAAGUAUAGAAAUAAGAGAAAGACAAAAUUAACCCAAAAGACAACACCAUUCACUGAAUACAUGUGCAAGGUUUCACUCCUCACCAGCAUAUUAUUGUACACAGAAUCAUUGGUAGUAAACACUCAGACAUCAUGCAAAUUUAAAAUGUAUUUUUAUAUCAAAUUUGUUGUUAUUAAGAUGUUGUCCCCCACCCUUUUGGUUAUAAAUAUCUUUUGAAAAAUCAACAGUUGGAUUAGUAGACGAAACAUAUUACUCCUACCUGAAAUAUCAUGCACAACUGCAUGUACAUGUGCUAGUACCCGCAGGUGCUCCUUUGUUAAUGUUAAUUAUUUAUUUGUUUUAAGUGUUUUGUUCUAAGCUUUUAAUUGUUUGAAAAGAGGUUGGCAAAUACUAUGAAAACCACUUCUUUCAUACAAGGGCAUUUCCAGAUAACUACUGAUAAUUAUUGAUGUAAUAAUAAUUAAUUUGAUAUACAUGUAUUUCCACCUGUAUAUCAAAUUAAUCUGCUUACUAACCCUGCAUAAGCUUGGAAGCGAGAAAAAUACCAUCCGAUUAAAUAUUUUUAUAUUUCCACUUAUUCCUGGCCAAAGUUCAUUCCUCAAAACGCUCUGUGCUUGCAACAUACAGUAUGAUGGGCAAGUCAUGGUAUUUCGGUGGCAUUCGUGUAGUUUUCAGUUACGUAUUUUCUUCUUUUACAAGAAAUAUCACUUGUUUCAGUUUGCCAUUUGAACUGUUUUCCACGGGUUUCAUACAGGGAUGACCAGGACCUUGGGUCACAAAAAACUGAUAAAUCCAAUGAAUUUCAUCUGUAAUAAUACAUAGAUAGAUAAAUGGUAUUUAUUGUGAUAAAAAUUCAAUUAGCAGCCAAAGUCUGAAAUACAUGAAUUUGUACAGAGUAAAAUUUCAGUAAACAAACAAGCAAAACAGUAGAAAAAAAUAACAAAGUACAAUAUAUUAUAUUGGAAAGGGGAUACAAACAUGUAAUCUCAUCAAUAAUAAAUUUUGUUUAAUUUCCAAGGUCUCCCAUGCAAUAAAGCUGCAUAUUUAACUUACACAAAGCCACCUUCCUACUUCAUGUCUACCAUUCUUUCUGGUCAUUCUAUCUUUCCCUCCUGAAAUAG